AUGCCUCCAGAAUUAGUACGCGCCCCGUCGCAAGGAAGCGUUGUGUCGCAGACCACACAACAUAUGGGUCCUCACAGCCGCCCUGGCACCGCUGACCCUAUGCGAGCACGAUCCGAAACCAUUUCGCGAGCCGGUCGUCGCCCUAGGUCUCGUGGUUCAACUGCUAGCAUUCAUUCCAGCACGACUCAGCAGACCCAGGACCAGCACCUCGACGGGUUUCCUCAGUUUUUACCGUCUCAGGUCGGUGCGGGACAGGCCAUGUUUGGAACCAACCCGGAAGACAUGAUCAUGCGUUUUGGAAACCAACUCGGUCAACAGUCGAAUGGCGCGUCAUUGGAACACCAUAUGCGUGACUCCCAUUCCAUGGCUUCGCGCCCAGAUGAAUUUCCCGGCCAUGCCAUGCACGGACACGGUCUUUCGCACCACGGGUUGCCGCCAGAUAUGGCAUCUAAUGGUCCUCCCGUACCCGUCCCUCAAUAUCAAGCCAUAUACGACAGCGGAAUCGAGAAUCACAUUCCCGAGCAUAUGAUGGAAGACCAAGAAGCAUCUGAGCCUGGUGCCAAAAAGAAGAGGGGUUCCACCUCGACUCUUGCAAACGACAAUGAACUGCGGAAGCUGCUUCGUCAAUACGAAGGUUACAGCUUGCAGCAGAUGGCCGCUGAGGUCAUGAAGCACGAAGGGGCUGGGGGCAAGGCAGAGAAGGUGAAGCAGGUAUUCGCCAUGAUCUGGCUGCGUGAAAAUUGCCGUAAGAGCAAUGGUUCUGUGCGAAGAGAUCGGGUGUAUUGCUGUUAUGCCGAGAAGUGUGGAACUGAGCGAGUGUCGGUUCUCAAUCCUGCAUCAUUUGGUAAACUUGUCCGCAUUAUCUUCCCCAAUGUACAGACUCGGCGACUUGGUGUUCGUGGCGAGUCCAAAUAUCACUAUGUCGAUUUGUCCGUCAUUGAGGAAAAGCAACAGAAGCCUGUGCCUCAGGUCGCUCCUAAUCCUCAUGUCCCUGCCGGCGUUCCUGAAAGGCCCGCCAGUGGGAUGCGCUCGCGAGGGUACGAGGGAUCACCGUCGGUUCCUCCAGGCAGCGCGGAUGGACGCUUCAGCGUCAGCCUCCCUCCACCUACAGCCGACACUGCCGUGUUCCCGUCUCCGACUACUUCUUUCGCACCCCGCUUCCCUGCCAACUCAACACCUUCGGGAUGCAGCUGCCAAGGUCAAUCACCCUCUGCCGCCGAGGCCAUGAUUACUCCCGACAAUGUCGGUCAGCAAGCAGGUAAAAUGAUCCACCAGAUGCUUCAGUUCCCCACAGACGAAGUUCCUGCCGUCGACAACGAUGCUCUCAUCUUGCCCGAUAUCCGCGGUUAUCUGCCUGUGAAUACGGACCCGAAGGUUGCCGAAGCGCUCGCUGCCCUCUACCGGUCUCACUGCAUUUCGGUCAUUGACAGCUUCCGAUUCUGCAAGGAACGUAACCUUCUCAAGUACUUCUCCGCCUUCCAUGGCACCCUGACUGUCCCAGUCCAGAAGUUGUUGACCCAUCCCAACCUGGCACCGUGGAUCAAAGAAUGUGAUUGGUUGAUGUACCAAAAAAUGAUCGCUUUUGUCGCCCCUCUCACCACGCAAGUCGUGCCCAAGGUAGUUUUGGACGCCUUCAGCUCCAUCUCUCAUAAACUGUGCGCCCACAUCGCCGAGACAUUCAAGACUCACCCUUCGCAUGUCUCAAUCGCACGACUGAUUCCCGCUCACAUAUUCUCCAAUCUUCUCAAGCAUAUGCUCGAUGUGAACCAAGCAGCCAACGCUGCUGCCGCAUGGCUCUGCCACCCCGAUAACCGCAAUCAAAUGUGGUAUGACUUCAAGACCCUGGUGGAUCCGAAAGAGAUGAUCACCAAAGCCAACAUCCCCGCCUGCAGCCAAAAGGCUACGGAGCAAAUCCUCAAGCACGAUAUUCGUGCCCUCCUCACACCAUUGACUGAUGCCGACAACACGCCGGGCCUCCCUUUCUUCGCCAAGCCGGACCUUGCGGAGGAUCUGGAGGCCCACCUCCUCCCCGUUGACACCGCUUCUGGUGAAGACUAUAACUUCCCUGACAAAUGGGUGUCAUUCAUUUUGAAUCUCCCGGCGGUUUUUGCCCACCACCGCUCGCAGUGUAUCAUUGAAAAGAUUGACGCUCUUUGGGAUCGUGUUCUUCACCGUCUCACUCUAGGUGGAGCAGCUAGCUUCAGUGCCUGGUGGAUGACCAAAGUGUUCUUCCACGAGAUGAUGGUCUGGCAAGCGGAGAAGGGAGGCUUCAUGCGCAGUACUGCCAACUCGCUCCAAAGCAUGACUUUCGGGGCUGAACAGCCUGGUCUGGGCAACUUCAACCUAAAGCCGAACGUUGCAGGUGUUGCGCAUGCCCAAGCCAAGUCCAAUAGAAUCCCUUCUGUGGACACCAAUCAAGCUCAUCGCCGAGCCGGCGAUGGCGAAUCUGAUGUGAAACAAGUUUCCGAUGAGAAGGAGCUGGCUCUUGCGGAAUCGGGGUUUCAAUCCCCUAACAACGAUGACAGCGCAAUCGAUUUGGGAGAUGAUCCCAUGAUGAUUGCGGUGGGUAAAUACGGAGACAUGAUGGCUUCCGAUCCUGCGGAUGCGGAGGGAGAUGUGGUUGUCAUCUAG